AUAACAACAAACAGUUGAGUUAGCCGAACGUUAACGUUGCGUUUACAUUUGUUAUUUUUCCUGUGUUGGUACUGUAGCUCGUUGUUGGUAGACAUGUCCGGGAAAGCCAAGGAUAUCCUACAGUUAGACCUGUAUGGUUUACUCGGGAUUGAAAGCACUGCUACAACGAAAGAGAUCAAGAAAGCUUAUCGACAGAAAGCCUUGACAUGUCAUCCAGACAAGAACCCAGACAACCCAAAAGCAGUGGAGCUCUUUCACCAGUUGUCCCAGGCACUUGAGGUUCUAACUGAUGCUGCUGCCAAGGCUGCCUAUGAUAAGAUUUGUGCUGCCAAGAAACAAGCAGAAGAAAGAAACCGGAAACUAGAUGACAAGAGGAAGAAGAUUAAGCUCGACUUGGAGGCCAGAGAACGACAUGCUGAAGCCCAGAGCCAGGAGGAGGUGCAGAUUACUAGAACACUUGAAGAAGAGAUCGCCCGUUUGAGAGAGGAGGGAUCCAGGCAGCUUGAGGAGGAACAGAGGCUCAUCAGAGAGCAGAUCCAGAGAGAGAGAGAAACACAGCAGCAGCAAAUGGGAGGAUGCACUCAGAGAUACUCGGGAGUGGGGAGAUGUUCCAAGAACAAUGUGACCCCCAAACUGAAGUUGAAAUGGAAGUCAAAAAAAGACGAUGGGACGAAUGGAGGCUACUCUGAGGAUAUUCUUGUCAGACUUCUACAAAAGUAUGGGGAUGUUUUGAAUGUGAUUAUAUCGAGUAAGAAGAAAGGAAGCGCUGUGGUCGAAUUUGCAACUGUGAGAGCAGCUGAGCUGGCAGUUAAGAAUGAAAGUGGCUUGCGUGAAAACCCCUUGAAGAUUUCGUGGCUUGAAGGAAAGCCGGAGGUUAUCGCUCCAGCAUCUCAACCUGGCCAGUUCAUGUCUUCACAGGGCGCCCUGACAAAUGAACGUGACUAUGAGAGCGUGGUGAUGAUGAGGAUGAGGCAGGCUGCUGAGCGACAGAGACUCAUAGAACAAAUGCAGAGAGACGACGAAGAGGACGCUGCCGGGUCGUAGCAAAGCAAGAGCCAGCUCGGUACCAGCCUGCAACUACUCAAUGAAUACUUGUUUCAGGCUUUAGUUUCAUAAAGCCUCUUAAGUGUUUUGUUAUUAUUUUUUCUAUGUAUUACACUGUAAGGCAAAAUAAAUCUUUUUAAUAA